UGUACUACAUAUACAUUCAUGUCACGAUGAUGUUGAUGGCACACGUGUUGUUUGUAUCAAACGCAUGUUUCAAGCGUGGCGUCUUUGACAGUGUUUUUGUUUUAGUUUUUUUCCACUCUGCCAGGCCUCCUGAAAACAGCUUUGGGAUCCGUGGGCGCUCACAGCUCAGGCUUUGUCCCUCCCAUUGAUAAAAACCUCAAAGUGCUGACUCGGCUGAACUCCGCCCACUCCCACCGCCUCCACAUCCGGUUUGUAGCAGCGAGAUAUCCCGGCGACUUGUCCCUAAAACCUAUUGGGCCUUUGCUGCCGGGCUCCUGCGUCGCUCUUGGCCGGCGGCUGCUCGGAGCGGCUAAACCCCCAUCUAAUCUGUGGGAUUAGAUUAGUGCAUCUGCACAAAGAUGGGGAAACAACAACUCGACAUUAGAAAUCACUUUGAUUACGUGUUCUGCUUGCAAAUGAGAUGGAUCGGGUGACCUUUCCCCAAACCAAAUGGAACUAAAGAGAGGAAAGUGGCGCAAGAACCAAACCUUAAAUCUGAAGAGAAACAUUUACAAAUGUCUGGAUUUAAAUCUGGUUUAUGGAAGAAGCUCAGGUUCUUAUCAAUAUAUGACAGUUAGGAGAUUAGCAGGACUAGCAAGAUCUCUUCUAAAGAUCUUUUCUAUCCUUGUCAGUUUUCUUUUUUUUUUUUGGCAAUCCUCAAAAGGAGCAUCUGUUGGAACUAAAUCUAUUCAGGCGUUUUGAUUUGAUUCUGUUUUUACUCUCAGAUGGAAUUGUUUUGAAACUAAACCAACUGAAGACGUUUAGCCGCACUUAUUGCUUAUUCUAGAGAAAUGGAAUCAUUCACAGUCAGAACUCAUUCUUCCAAACUCUUUGUUUUCAGUCUGUGGGCCGGUCCCGUCCUGACAGCGCCUUCAGCCGGUUCACGGGUCAUCCUGUGUCUGCUUUUGGCUUUUUGACCUCUUUGUCUCGUUCCCUCUCAAUGCGGCAGGUUUGUUUUGGCAGCCACGGGUGUCUGGCGUGUUGGGGGGGUGGCACCGGGUCGCACCAGUCAUCUCGGAUUCUGCUGACUUGGUCCGACCCACCAUGAGAUAAUGGCAUUCCAGAGGGAUCCCAGCUAAAGCCGGUCUUUUUUGGUGGUCAGGUAUAUAAAGAGGAGGCAGCUGCAGAGACGGGGACGAACUCUCUGCGCCUCUCUGCUCUGGAAACAGAAAGUUAAACUGAAACAUCCUCUUCGUGUCAUCUUUGUGUGAUCUCCUGGACUCCAAGCCAAGCAGAAGCUUCUUUCUUCAGCCACUAUGGAUAUUGCCAUCCAGCACCCGUGGUUCCGGCGCACCCUGGGCUCCAUGUACCCGGCCCGACUCUUUGACCAGUUUUUCGGGGAGGGCAUGUUUGACUACGACCUCCUGCCCUACACCACUUCCACCAUCAGUCCGUUCUACAGACAGUCGCUGUUCCGCAACUUCCUGGACUCCUCGAACUCCGGCAUUUCUGAGGUGAGGUCCGACAGAGACAAGUUCACGGUUCACCUGGAUGUCAAGCACUUCUCCCCCGACGAGCUCAGCGUGAAGGUGAUCGAUGACUAUGUGGAGAUCCAGGGCAAGCACGGAGAAAGACAGGAUGACCACGGCUACAUCUCCCGCGAGUUCCACCGCCGCUACCGCCUCCCCUCCACCGUCGACCAAUCGGCCAUCACCUGCUCCCUGUCUGCCGACGGACUGCUGACCCUGACUGGACCAAAGGUCAGCGGGGGGGCCGAGUCCGGACGCAGCGAGCGCAGCAUCCCCGUCACCCGUGACGACAAGCCCAACGCUGCCCCCUCCUCCUAGAAUGGAGAUCCGCUGGAUAACCCAGAGAUUCCUUUACUAUCUUCUUCCUCCUCCUCUUGUAGUCCUAGUGCACCCUGAUGGGGUUUAGUUCCUAACCCCCCCUCUGUCAUGGAAAUAGUUCUUAGAGGGUUUCUCUGGAGAGAGGUGCUCAUUAACCCCCAAAUCCCUGCAUGUUUCUCCUGCUACGACUCCACCUAUCCUGAAGAACCUUCUACUUCCUGUCUUCAUCAUUCAUGUCCUUCAGCCUUGUUUAGUGCCUAUCUGCAGAAGUCCAAACUGAGAAAUAUAAUAAAGUUAACCAAACAACAAGCAGCGGAUCUGUGGAUCAUUAUUGCUCCGAGUUUAACUUCAAGAAUAAACGUUGUGACAAUGAAAAAGAAGUCUUGAAUCUGGGAAAAAAAAAGAUAUAUAAAAA